AGUGUUCCCAGCGACUUCUGUUUCUGUUAUAAAGUACAGGUACCAUUGAUUAUAAUGACAACAACAACUUGCAUUUAUAGAGCGCCCUUGAGGCAGGGUCUCCCUGUGCAGUUAGUGUCAUCUUAAAUCAGCGGGAAAAGCAACCUGGAGCAGAGUGCGUCAUAAACAGACCUGUAAUCUCUGAAUAAAAGUGGGAACCCCGUUGCGAUGCUGAUCAAAAGCACAACUAAAAAGUGGGGGGGGGGGGAAGUAAACCGGAGCCAUUCAAACUCGGAACAACAAGGACACAUUCAAACUCAAUCGCAAUGGGACAGUACCAGUGCACCCUGAUGGAGGAAAUCGACGUAGCAGAUCUGCAGGAAAUGUACAAGAAGUUUGUGAUCGAGUGCCCCAGUGGCGCUCUGUUCUUACACGAGUUCAAACGGUUCUUUAACAUCUCAGACAAUUGUGAGGCUUCGGAGUACGUGGACAACAUGUUCAGGGUCUUUGAUAAAAACGGGGAUAACACCAUUGAUUUUUUGGAAUAUGUAGCGGCUUUGAAUCUGGUGCUGAGAGGCAAACUUGAACAUAAACUAAAGUGGUCUUUCAAAGUCUAUGACCGGGACGGUAACGGAAGCGUGGAUAAGAAGGAACUGAAAGAAAUAAUCAAGUCAAUUUACCGAAUGAAGAAAGGCUGGAGGCGAGAUAAAGAAGAUGACCUCCUGACAGUGGAUGAAGUCUGCGACAGAAUCUUUCAGUUGGUGGAUGAAAAUAGAGAUGGAAAACUCUCCCUCACUGAGUUUGUGGAAGGAGCUAAGAAAGACGGAUGGGUGAUGAAGAUGCUUCAAUUGGACAUGGCUCCUUACUCUUAUCUGCUGGAACAGAGAAGAAAGAGCGCUGUGUUUUAAAAUACAGAGCGCCGUUCCCUCGCAUGAUUUGACAGCUGAAAACCAAAGAAUAAACAACAACAACAACAACAACAAGAUUCCAUUUGUAGAGGAUAAAUGACAAGAUUAAAGGCUAAUUCUUUAAUUCUA